GCGUGUGGUGCAGGUUUGUAAGGGCAGCUCUUUGAAACCAUGGCUCAGAAGCUUCUGGUCAUUGAUACAGAUUGUGGCAUAGACGAUGCUCAGGCCAUAAUGCUGGCCUUGGCUAUACCCAGUGUAAAGGUUUUGGGCAUCACUUGUUGCUUUGGAAACACAGAUGUUGAUAACGUGUGUCAAAACGUGUUAAGAGUUCUGUCUGUCUGUGAACGCACUGAGAUUCCAGUCUUUAGGGGUUCCGCAGGUGCCCUGGUUGGAGCAGGUAGACAGUUUAGGGAUCAUUUUGGAACAGACGGUCUGGGAGACGUAUUUGAGGACCGAGACUCUACGGUAUGGAAGACCUCCGUUCAGUCAGAACAUGCAGUAAAUGCGCUUACAAGACUCGUGUCCGAGAAUCCGGGACAGGUCUCUCUUGUGGCUCUUGGUCCCCUCACCAAUUUAGCUCUAGCGCUUAGACUGGACCCAGCAUUACCUGAUAAACUGAAGGAUCUCUACAUCAUGGGUGGAAACAUGGAAGGAAAAGGGAAUGUAACACCGUGUGCAGAGUUUAACUUUGUUAUGGACCCUGAGUCAGCCUAUGUGGUAUUAGAGGAAUAUCUGUGUCCCACACACAUCGCCACCUGGGAAUUCACCUGCAGAAACAAACUCUCAUGGGACUUUUUUGACCAGCUGGUGAACCAGGAAACAUCAGCUUCUCGUUUCAUGAAGAAGAUUACGUCCAAGUGCUGGGCGUUCUCUCGGGAGUUUGGGGUUAAUAAGAGGGAUGUGUUGUUUGGGCCUGGCUACGUGCCUUAUGACGCUUUUGCCGUAGCGGCUUGUGUGGAUGGCAGUGUAGUAACGGAGAAGGUGGAUUGUGCCGUGCGGGUGGAGCUGCAUGGGGAACUGGGCCGAGGAAUGAUGGCCAUAGACCACACGAAUACACUUAGAAAAAACCAUCGCGUGUGCGUUUUUAAGGAGUUCGACACCUGCAAGUUCAAAGAGCUACUCAUGGCCUCGUUAAACCAGCCAUGACAACGGAACGAAUUCGACAAACUGCAAGAAUUAAAACUCUGCGUGUACAAUCGCUUUGUGUGUGAAUUAUGGUUCAUGUUUCUAAAGAUUAUGAGCAGCCAUUGAGCCAAAAAUGUCAUUAAAGAGAAGAGAAAUCCAGAGUCAAACUGAUAUGUUUUAUUUCAACCUGGUGACCGAUGUCUGUCUCUCUCUAGGUGACAGAAAUGAAACGGUGCACAGAACAAACUUCAAACCUCUUUCAAGUAAUGUCGUCACAU